AUGGCUACCUUGCCUGCGGAGCCGAGCGUGGGGCCGGCGGCCGGGGGGGAGGCAGUGGCGGCCACGGCGACCGAAGAGGAGGAGGAGGAAGCGCGCCAGCUCCUGCAAACUUUGCAGGCGGCCGAGGGUGAGGCGGCGGCAGCGGCCGGGGCCGGGGCGGGUGAAGCGGCGGCGGGAGCGGAGGGCCCGGGAUCCCCGGGCGUCCCCGGUUCGCCCCCCGAGGCCGCUGCCGAACCGCCCACGGGCCUCCGCUUCUCACCCGAGCAGGUGGCGUGCGUCUGCGAGGCGCUGCUCCAGGCGGGCCACGCCGGCCGCUUGAGCCGCUUCCUGGGCGCACUGCCCCCGGCCGAGCGCCUACGUGGCAGCGACCCGGUGCUGCGCGCGCGGGCCCUGGUGGCCUUCCAGCGGGGCGAGUACGCUGAGCUCUACCGGCUACUCGAGAGCCGCCCCUUCCCCGCCGCCCACCACGCCUUCCUGCAGGACCUCUACCUGCGCGCGCGCUACCACGAGGCCGAGCGGGCCCGCGGCCGCGCGCUGGGCGCAGUGGACAAGUAUCGACUGCGCAAGAAGUUCCCGCUGCCUAAGACCAUCUGGGACGGCGAGGAGACAGUCUACUGCUUCAAGGAGCGCUCCCGUGCCGCGCUCAAGGCCUGCUACCGCGGCAACCGCUACCCGACGCCGGACGAGAAGCGCCGCCUGGCCACGCUCACCGGCCUCUCGCUCACGCAGGUCAGCAACUGGUUCAAGAACCGGCGACAGCGCGAUCGGACCGGGGCCAGCGGCGGCGCGCCCUGCAAGAGUGAGUCUGAUGGGAAUCCCACGACUGAGGAUGAGUCCAGCCGAAGUCCUGAGGACCUGGAGAGAGGGGCAGCCCCAGUGUCUGCCGAGGCCGCAGCCCAGAGCUCCAUAUUCCUGGCGGGGGCCAGCCCUCCUGCGCCGUGCCCUGCCUCCUCCUCCAUCCUGGUGAAUGGGAGCUUCCUGGCUGCCAGUAGCUCCCCAGCAGUACUCCUCAACGGGGGUCCUGUCAUCAUCAAUGGCCUGGCCCUGGGCGAGGCCUCCAGCCUGGGCCCACUGCUGCUCACCGGGGGCGGGGGUGCCCCUCCACCGCAGCCCAGCCCUCAGGGGGCCAGCGAGGCCAAGACCUCCCUGGUCCUGGACCCUCAGACAGGGGAGGUGCGGCUGGAGGAGGCUCAGCCAGAGGCCCCUGAGACCAAAGGGGCCCAGGUGGCUGCUUCAGGACCAGCCCCUGGAGAGGAGGUCCCCGGGCCCCUGCCCCAAGUGGUGCCUGGCCCCCUGCCAGCUGCCACCUUUCCUCUGCCCCCGGGGCCAGUGCCUGCUGUGGCUGCCCCACAAGUGGUGCCGCUCUCCCCACCCCCAGGGUACCCUACGGGCCUGAGCCCCACUUCCCCACUGUUGAACCUGCCCCAGGUGGUGCCCACCUCGCAGGUGGUGACCCUGCCCCAAGCUGUGGGGCCAUUGCAGCUGUUGGCAGCCGGGCCAGGCAGCCCUGUGAAGGUGGCAGCCGCAGCAGGCCCUGCCAACGUGCACCUGAUCAACUCUGGGGUGGGCGUGACUGCCCUGCAGCUGCCUUCGGCCACUGCCCCAGGAAACUUCCUCCUGGCCAAUCCUGUGUCUGGGAGCCCCAUCGUGACGGGUGUGGCUGUGCAGCAGGGCAAGAUCAUCCUCACCGCCACCUUCCCCACCAGCAUGCUCGUCUCCCAGGUCCUGCCGCCAGGCCCCGGCCUGGCCCUGCCCCUGAAGCCAGAGACAGCCAUCUCUGUCCCUGAGGGAGGCCUCCCGGUGGCCCCCAGCCCUGCUCUCUCAGAGGCCCAUGCCCUAGGCACCCUCUCCACGCAGCAGCCACCUCCCACCGCCACCACCUCUGGCGCCAGCCUGCCCUUCUCCCCUGACUCCCCCAGCCUCCUGCCCAGCUUCUCAGCGGCCCCACCAGAGGGGCUGAUGCUGUCACCUGCGGCUGUGCCGGUCUGGCCAGCAGCGCUGGAACUAAGUGCAGGAACAGAGGGGCUGCUGGAAACAGAAAAGGGGCUGGGGACACAGGCCCCCCACACCGUGCUGAGGCUGCCAGACCCUGACCCUGAGGGGCUGCUCCUGGGGGCCACCGCAGGGGGCGAGGUUGAUGAGGGGCUGGAAGCUGAGGCCAAGGUCCUGACGCAGCUCCAGUCAGUGCCUGUGGAGGAGCCCUUGGAACUGUGACCCAGCGUGGCCCCGUGGCCUCGCACAACAAUGGUGCUGAAGAUUUAGGGACAGGAGCUGGAGGAGGGAGCCCCAGAAACGCGAUUGCUGAAGACCCCAGCCACCACAUCCUACCUGGGUGGCCUCUCCCAGCCCUGGUGAUGCUGGGAGAUGCGUCCCAGGCCACCUCCUGCCCAGGGCUCCUUCCCCUCUGGAUGGGAGGCCUCUCUGUUACAGCCCUCCCCAUGCUGUGCCCUGCCAUAUACACGGAGGACUUGGGGGUCUUGACUCAGGGGCCCUGCCCCUUCCACCUGGUACUAUCUGUGAGCAGAACACCCUGCCCCCGGGCCAGACCUCCAGCCUUCAGAGCCUUCUCCCUGUCACUCCCUGAAACGCUAUUAAUAGCUCUGCUGAUAGAUAGCUGGUGUUGUCACAACUGCCUGGAAUCCGAAGGUAGAGGACAGGCAGCCCCCGCCCCAGAGACUGGAGACCCUCCCAAGCAUGGCAUUUCCUGCCAGGGCGGGGGCAGCUGUGGGGCGCCGGGGAUCUUCCCUGACCAGCUCCCCUGGACUCAAGCCCUUGUCGUCACAUCUGGCCCAGACCAAAGAUUCCCUCAUCCCCAGGGGCAGCCCUGCCCGCUGUGUCCCCUUUGUAUCCUAAAUCUUUAUUUUUCUAGGACAUGUUAUGCCUCCAUUUUCAAUUAAAAUAAAAUUAGUGGACUACACCACCA